CUUUCUUCACUAUCGUGAUGUUUCGGCACUUAUGAUGACUUUUUAAAAUCGAAAAUGGCAUCAGCCUUGGAAAACUACGUAAACAAAAUGGUGGAAAUUGUUACAGCUGAUGGAAGAGUUAUUGUGGGAACCUUGAAGGGCUUUGAUCAGACAAUCAAUCUGAUACUGGAUGAAAGUCAUGAGAGAGUUUACAGCACAGGGCAAGGUGUGGAACAAGUUAUUCUUGGCUUGUAUAUAGUCAGGGGAGAUAAUGUAGCUGUAAUCGGGGAGGUUGAUGAUGAUACAGAUAAUGGUCUAGAUUUUGAAAGUAUUCGAGCUGAACCACUUAAUGCAAUAACACAUUGAUUCAAACUUUCAAAGACACUUCUGUUGUGCAGCUAAGGAGACAAUUAAGUUCAAGAGAAAACACAUGUGCAUCCAGUUAUUAAAUUGUUUUAAAAUUUAUAUACAAAAUAGUUUUAAAAAAUAAUAUUUUUAUUUUUGUUAAGUUGAUGCAUCUAGUUUUUUCUUAAGUUAUGGAAAAAAAGUAUUCUUAAGCUUUUAAUUUUACUAAUUAGCUAGAUAUAUCCGUUGUAUUUGGGGGUUGGAUAAAAAAAAUUCUGGAUUCAUCAGUUGUGUCAGUGGUGAUGAGAUAUCUUUGUUGAACCUGAUGGAAAAGUAGUUGUCAGUGUCAGGCAACUUUUCAGCAUUCUAUUUUACGGAGUGUGGGACUGUGGAAAGCUGUCUAGACAAUCUCAAUGAUCUUUCUUGUUAAACAAGUUUUAUCAUAUUAUGUUUUUCAUCAUAACUUUUUAGUAAUUUUAUGUUUAAAAAACAAAUGUAUUGCCUUUUGUAAUAAUAGUUGCUGCCUUUUAAAAUCAUUUGUAAAUAUAUCAUUAAAGUUUUUAUCUCAGUC